GUCAGUAAAACUACAGGAGAGCAGCAAACAUAAGCAUCACCCAACAUCUUUUUUGAUAUAAAAUGUCAGUUGAAAGUUUUAAAACUUCAAAUAACGAAUCACGAUGUGUAUUUUUCAACACUGACUCAGAAGACCAUCGAUGUGUGGUGAUCCUGACAGUGAAACGGGCCACAGGAACAUUCUCAUUAUUGGGAUGCUUUUGGAUGUUGUUUGUUAUUUGGCUGCUUCGACGGUACAACUCUGUCGCACAGAAGAUGAUUCUGAGCCUCACUGUAGCUGCUUUCUUCGACAGUGUUGCAUACGUCAUGGGAGACACCCACCUGGAGGGGUCGCUUUGUGACUUCCAGGCCUGGUGGCUCACAUACUUCGACUGGAGCGCACAGAUCACUUUCCUGCGGAGAUGUGUCGGCCGUUGCGCGCUUCCCUGCCGCCCCACACUUCUCAAUAAAAGCUUCUACUCAACUGUGCUUCUUUAA